AUGUCUCAGUUUGUUACUUCUGAACAGGUGGGGAUUUUGUUUUAUUUUGAUUUUUUUGGAUUUUAGAUCUAUUGGCAAGUACAAUAUCCGAUUUUCAGGUUGGAGUCACGGUUGAAGAGCCUUUGGACCUCAUUCGUCUCUCGUUAAAUGAACGAGUUGUUGUGAAAAUGCGAUCCGAACGAGAACUGACCGGUCGGUUGCACGCUUUCGAUCAACAUUUGAAUAUGAUUUUGGCUGAUGUGGAAGAAACUGUAACGACAACAGAGACGGAUGAAGAAAGUUACGAGGAGAUCUACAAAACCACGAAGCGACAGAUUCCGAUGUUAUUUGUUCGAGGCGACAGUGUCAUUUUGGUCUCUCCUCCCAGCAAACAUGUGGCCUAA